AUGGCCAUGGAGCCCUGCCCUGAAGAACAGUACUGGGAUCCCCUGCUGAACGUCUGCCUCUCCUGCAAACCCAUUUGCAGCCAUCAGAUUCCACGCACCUGCACAGCAUUCUGCAAGGCACUCAGUUGCCGCAAAGAGCAAGGCAGGUACUAUGAUCAGCUCCUGAGGGAUUGCAUCAGCUGUGCCUCCAUCUGUGGACGUCACCCCAAGCAAUGCACAUACUUCUGUGAGAACAAGUUCAGGAGCCAUGUGAACCUCCCACCAGAGCUCAAGAGACAGCGGGCUGGGGUCGCUGAAACCAGGUCAGACGACCUGGGAAGGUACCAGGGAACAGAGCACAGAGGCUCGGAGACAGGCCCAGGGCCUCACGUCUGUUUUGGGGCGCCCCCAGGGCUGAAGCUGAGCGCCGACCAGUUGGCCCUGGUCUACAGCACGCUGGGGCUCUGCCUCUGCGCAAUAAUCUGCUGCUUCCUCCUGGCCGUUGCCUGCUUCCUCAAGAGGAGAGGGGACCCAUUCUCCUGCCAGCCCUCCGCAGCACCAUGUCGGACCCAGGCCAAGUCUUCCAAGGAUCACUGGAUGGAGGCUGGAAGCGCCGCGGGCACGCCACCAGAGCCGGUGGAGACGUGCAGCUUCUGCUUCCCGGAGCGCAGGCAGCCCACCCAGGAGAGCGCGGGCGCGCCCGGGACCCCCGACGCCGCGCUUUCGGGGAGGUGGGGGCGCCUCGGCCGGACGGCGACCGCACAGCCCUGCGCCCGCGCCCCCGACGGCGGCCUUGAGGUCCUGUGCGCGCCCGCCGAGGAGGGCGGCCCCGCCGCGUGA